GGUUGUAUCCCAACGUCUGGGUCUUCCCUCUUGCAUCACACCUGGCCUGAGCAGGGCUGUGCUCCGCGCACCGAGGGGCGGCGAGCAAAGCUCAGCCCAGGUGGGAGGGACUGGGCUCCUGUUAAAUCCAGGGCUCCCAGAGGACUGGGUCCCUGCACUGACUCACCCUUGUGCUGAUUUUAUGAGCUCAAGGUGCUGUUGGAGGUGUUGCAAGAGUGGUGCACAGGAGGGGACGAGCCGUGGCAGCUCAGAUUCUUCUUCUGCUCGAGACGCUGGAUUGAAGAAGGGGCCUGAGGUUCCUGGUGGAGAACGGGAGGCGAGGAGGAGGAGGUUUCCCUUGGACUCUUAGAGCGUCAGACCAGAAAACCACACCAUGUCACAGGUCAUACACAACCACGUGCUGCGCGUUGGACAGACCGUGUGCGUUUCCUCGCAGGAGGAAAGCAAGAGCUUGCACCUGGCGGGGUACCCGGGCUGCUCCGCGCUGCCCAUGAAGUGCACGUACUACUCGACGGAGAGCUGGGCGGACCCCCCCACCAUGGUGCACACCACGGCGCGUCUGCUUCCCAGCGCCGGGCUGUACGAAGCCCACCCCGCGUUUGAGCGCGUGGCUGCUCACACGCAGGGGAAGGGGCAGCAGGAGGGACCCACUGCACCACCUCAACCCAAGGAGGAGGACGCUGUCCCUGAGACCCACCUGGAGUCUCCCACCUUGGACAUAUCCAUAGAGAGUCUCAACCAGCUGAUCCUAGAAAUCGAUCCAACCUUCCAGCCGCUCACGUGCAAGCCGGUGAGGGAUGCAGUCCAACCUGCUUCUCGGGGUGACGCUGCUGCCACCGACAAGCAAGAUCCGGAGGGAAUAGACAUUAAAUACAUCGAGAUGACGCCAGGCAGAGCCCCGUGUCCCGAGCUGCUGCAAGGGUCUCCCAGCCCAUCGGCCACGCCAUUCUCUAGGUCCCCCCAGGGCAACGGCUUCCUGCCCCAAAAAGGGGGACUCAGAGGCAGCUACAGCACGAGCGACAGUGUGGUUUUCUCCAGCCCGCCCAGACCCGCGAGCCCCCGCUCAGGCACCCCAACUUGCAGCAAAGCGUCUGAGUGCGUCACCGUCCCCCGGCAGUGUGUGGCUGGACAGACAGACAGCAUCUCCUACGGACCUGGGGCUCUCGGCACCUCCCUGGGCUUCGACAGUUUGCUGAAGCCUGUGCAGGUGGUGAGGGCCCAGCAGAGGAGCAGCUGGGUCUCCAUGCUCUCCACCAGCCCCGGCUCGGACACCAGUUACAUCCUUGGAAGCAGCACCCACUCGCUCCACAACGAUGACUCAGAUGCUCACGCCGCUGCCAGCCCGUCCCCUGCCAGCUCCAUGGGCAGCCCCCACCUGCCUUCCCCGAGCACCAGCUCCCACUCUGGAGAAGCUUUUGGCUUGAGUCCCCACCAACCCAGGGCAACCGGCUCCAUCAAAGCCACCACCUCCCCAUCUGAAAAGGGACAGGCCAGCAGCUGCCCCCCCUCCAUCCUCAACUCUGCAGCCGACAUCCCGGUGCUGCUGGUGAACGGUUGCCUGGAACAAGGAGACGCAUCUUCCAAGCCGACCAAAGCCUCCCCAGUGUCCGUCAAGCAGAGCCCCCCUCCCAGCUGCAGCCCAGCAUCGAGGCUCGGUGGCCUGAACAACGCGCUAUCGGCACCCGUGCUGUCCUGCGUCCCAGACAGUCCCCUCAGGGCUGAGCAGCCGACCAUGAAGUUCGUGAUGGACACAUCGAAGUACUGGUUCAAACCGAGCAUCACCAGGGACCAGGCGAUCCAGCUGCUGAGGGACAAGGAGCCAGGCACGUUCGUUGUGCGGGACAGCACGUCGUACCGAGGGUCUUUCGGGCUGGCGAUGAAGGUUCCUGUCUCUCCAUCCAGCAGCCAGACAGGUGGUGACAGCAGUGACCUCGUCCGGCAUUUCCUCAUCGAGUCGUCUGCCAAAGGGGUGCGCCUGAAAGGGGCCAGCGAGGAGCUGUAUUUCGGGAGCCUCUCUGCCUUCGUGUACCAGCAUGCCAUCACCCCGCUGGCACUGCCCUGCAAGCUCAGCAUCCCCACCCGAGAUCUUGCUGAUGGAGAAGACAGCCCCGACUGCGCUCCUGAAUCCGCGCCGUCCCCGCUGACGAAGGCUGCAGUUUGCAACGUCUUGUACCUCAACUCGGUGAACGUGGAGACGCUCACGGGAGCCCCGGCCAUCCAGAAAGCCAUCUCCUCCACCUUCGAGAUGGAGACGCUGCCCACACCCACCCUGGUGCACUUCAGGGUGACGGAGCAGGGGGUGACGCUGACGGACAUCCAGAGGAAGGUGUUUUUCAGGCGGCACUACCCCUUGGCUUCCAUCAGGUUUUGCGGGAUGGAUCCUGAGAACAGAAAGUGGCAGAAGUACUGCAAGUCCUCAAGGAUCUUUGGGUUCGUGGCCAAAAGCCAGACAGAUUCGGAGAACCUGUGUCACCUGUUUGCGGAGUAUGACACUGUGCAGCCAGCAUCACUCGUCAUCGACCUCCUCUGCAAACUGCUGACGGGCCCCUGAAGGACAGAAACCCAGGGACAGCUCAGGGCUGGCAGAUGCCCACACGCUGCCGAGCUUCUACCACUCACCCUUUCCUGCUUGGGUUGCAUUUUGGCAACAAUUCGUAUUUAUAUAUAUGUAUAUUUUUUAUGUACCGUCAUGUCAAGAGUCACAGUGAAAGAUUUUAUGCUCUGCGGGGGGGAGAUGUUCCUCCAAGACCCUUCGCAGGGCGUCGCGCGGGCGGCCGUGAGCUGUGCUCACCAUGCGGAAUCGCCUUGCUCUGCAGGACUGAAAUACUCCAGCUGGGAUUUCUACCGGCAACGGGGGCUGCCUGUGCUCGGGGUGUCCCGGCUGAGGUGUAUUCGGUGGAGCUGACCCCCAAUGCCACCUGUGCUCAGGGUGUCCCGGCUGAGGUGUAUUCAGUGGAGCUGACCCCCCAAUGCCGCCUGUGCUCGGGGUGUCCCGGAUGAGGUGUAUUCGGUGGAGCUGACCCCCCAAUGCCGCCUGUGCUCCGGGUGUCCCAGUUGAGCUGUAUUCAGUGGAGCUGACCCCCCAAUGCCGCCUGUGCUCGGGGUGUCUCAGCUGAGGUGUAUUCAGUGGAGCUGACCCCCCAAUGCCGCCUGUGCUCGGGGUGUCCCAGCUGAGGUGUAUUCGGUGGAGCUGACCCCCCAGUGCUGCGGGAGGGGUGUCCGGUGCAGACAGGGGGGGACUCAUCUCCCUGACGAUACAACAGCAUCAGGAGGCAGUUUUGCAAAUCGAAGUGUAUAAAACCGCCAGGCCCUGCUGAAAAAUGCGUCUUCCCUCAUAGAGCGAGACACGUCGAAAGGCGGAAAUGUCAGAGCAGCUUAUUUUUGCCUGUUGCUGGUAAAUUCUCCUGCCCUUUAUUGCGAAGCGGGGUUACAGGCUAGCUCAAGCUCCAGGCGGCGUGGCAAGCUGAGAAAUAAAUGUUGACAUUUUCAUGACAGUAAAA